GUCGAACAGUUCGUACCUAUGAUCUUCCAACAAGAAACCAAUGCCAUUCUAUUCUAGCUAUCCGGCAUAGCAUUCAUUUAUUUAUUUUCAUUUUCAACCGGAACAUAUUUAGAAACCCAGUCAUUACGCAACUUAAAAUUAGCAAGAUACCCACGAUGUGCUUUUCCGACGCGCGCAACCAGAGACAGGAGAGUCGACACGCGGCUACAGGAGCUGCCCGUGGGGCACAGAGCUCGAGUCAAGACUAUGGACGGCGCCCUCAACCAACCCAGCAGGCGACGGGUGGUUACGGCUAUCCGCAGAACUUUCGAGUGGGUGUUUCAUACGAUCAGCCCAGGUAUUCCCACCAACGUCCAUCUAACGAUCCCCGCGCCGUCUGGAUCCUAGAGCAUCGUCAACAAAACAGCCAGCCUCAUCCUUAUGUUCAGCCCUAUACCCAACAGCGCCCUCAGAACCCCCCACAACAAUACCCUCAGUAUAACAAUCGGGGUCAAGGUCAGCAACAGUUUCGGCCUUAUCGCCCUGAUCCAUUGCAGGAAACUAACGUGCAGAAUGUCCCAGUCUCGAGACCGAUGGUCACUCCGGGGUAUAACCAAGAACGACACCAAAGUGUCCACGGAGAUAUAGGUUAUCAGCAACCCAGCCGGGUGGGGUCCACAUCCGCGGCCUACUCGAACACUUCGCAAAGGGUUGCGACCAUGCCUCAACGCCCAGCUGGCCUUAAGCCCGCGGGCAGACCGAUGAACCCAGAGUUGACUCUGUCUAAGUCGCGGCCUGGAAAAUUAGUCAGAAGAGACAGCAAUGGGGUAAGCGAAUGUAGCGAUGACGACUAUGCAGUAGACUUGAGGAGUUAUACUGUCUCGCCGGAUAUCGCAAGAGGACGUCCUAACCGUCCCCGUAGACCAAGCAAGCAUUAGUGCCUGCUCUACCGAACGUUAAGAUACCAUUAUAGCACGUGUGAAACCGGGUUACGUUAGUCGGGGACGAUCCCCUCGUUUAGGGACAUGGAUGGAAAGAUGGCCAAGGGAAUUUGUCUUCUUUUGUGGACACAUGGUCGCUUAUGUUUGCUUGGGAACUAGGGUCGGGCGGCGUUAAAGGAGAAUUGAAUGUUUUGAUAGGUCGUUUGAUGUAUCUUAAGCCUUAUUGACAUAAUCCGACAUACGUUAGUCGAAAUUUCGAUCAUUUUGGUUUAUGGUGCGCGUCUAGGUUACGUAGUUCUAAUGAUGAGAUCUGUAUCGAAAUAGGAAUCUCAGGCACCGAGAUUUCAUUGACGCGCAUGUGCGACGAUAUUAGUAUAGACCGGCGUCUUGGAAGGUCGGGAAUCCGAGAAGGCUUCUAAAUUCGCGACAACGCGAUUGGCCGAAGCCAUCGUCGUCGUCACGGACCAUUAAAGACCACUAAAAGCCAUUAAACCUUAUUCGAUCGAUAGGGCUGAUGAACACGGAUAUGUAUGUAAGUACUGUAGAUAACUCUAUUGAUGUGACAAGGUUACGCGUUAGCCAAUCGUCGCCAAGGAUUCUCCAUGGAUGUGGAUGUUUGCGAGCAGACCGAAUCUUGGUUGCUCUAGUUAUUGUCGAACCUGC